GGCCUUUAUAUGCCCCGCCAUUGCCGCGCUACCCAUCCCCAACCUCGCAGUAGAUCGACCUCCAUUCCGCACCGCCUUUGGUGGGAGGUUCUUGGAUCCGGACUAACGAACGCCGGUCUUGUUUGGGAGGGGCCUCGUUCCUAGUCUAUCUCGUCUCGUCUGAGAGGAUGGCGGCGGCGACCAUGGUUGGCAUGCCCAAGAGCCCCCGGUCGGUGGCCUUCGCGACGGCCGCCUCGCCCUUCGGGGACAGGAGAAAGGCCCGGUUCUGCGUCGCCGCGUGCGGCAGGGACGACCAGCAGCCGCCCCCGUCGAUGGCCGCGAUGCCGGCGUCGCUGCGGGCGAUCCAGGCCAAGAGGAAGAUGGCGGCGCAGGCGCGCGGGGUGCCGCGGGCGACGAGCGCGGCAGGGUGCGCGGUGGCCGCUCUCGCCGCCGCGGUGGAGGCGGUGCAGGGCGCGGCGGUCGGGGGAGCAUCCGGAGCCGCGCGCGGCGCCGGGGAUGCCGUGGCGUGGGUCUUCCAGAAGGUACACUUCGAGUCGCCCGACCUCGCCGUGGGACUGCUCGGAAUCGUCGCGUCCUGCCUCGGCACCGCCGUGGAGAUGGAGAUGGAAAGGAUUAGGGCCAAGGAGGCCGACGAGUCGGCCAGCAAGGCCAAGGCCACCGCCGUCGAUGACGAUGACGACGGCGAAGACGACGCGGAGGAGGAUCUGCCGAUGCUGGUGGGGCUGGACGUGGAGAAGGAGCUCUGGGCCAGGAUCGGCAUCCAUCAUGAGGAAGACGACGACAUGCCGCUGGGCGUCGACGACGACGAGCAGGAGGCCAUCGACGCCGCCCGCGCCGGCAUACGGAAGGCCGCGUACGAGCGGAUCAUCGCCACCUCCGAAGCCAACUCGCUCAUCCUCUCCAACUACGCGCAGCUCCUCUACGAGUUCGACAAGGAUCUCGACAGGGCGGAGGACUACUUCAAGCGUGCGGUGGCCAUAGAGCCGCCCGACGGCGAGGCGAUGCGGAGGUACGCGGUGUUCCUCUGGCAAGCCCGCGGCGACCUGGCCGGCGCGGAGGACAUGUUCACGGGCGCCAUCGACGAGGAGCCGGACAGCAGCCACCACCGGAGCAGCUACGCGUGGUUCCUCUGGAUGACCGGUGGCGUGGAGACCUGCGUCAUCGACUCCGGCAACAACUCCGGCAGCAACAACGAAACCGAAUGAAACCGAUCGCCGGAACAAGCAGCGCCACCCGCGACCUCAUCUCGAGCCAAAGACAAUUAAAGACCGACCUCACCGGCAGGUGCCCGGCCGUGCCGGCGAGGCUGCCGGCCGUUUUAGAUGGUGCAUCUAGGCAUAUAUUGCGCACUGUCCGUGAGUAGCAUCGGCCCUUGUAGGGGUCAUGUCAUACAUACUAGGGUGCGCGUGCGAGCAUGGCAUGCAGGAGCUGAACCCAAGGGGGAGGCGAAUAAUGUUGAUGUUGUCAAGCAAGCGCACAUAUAUAUACUCCGUAGUAAACUAGGGUCUCAUCAAUUCAUGUGUGGAUUUGGAAUAAAGCAUGCAUGCGCCAUCCAGCUCAUGCAUCAUCAGUGAUAGCAUGCUGUUGCUGAAUUGUGAACGAUAUCUAUCUAUAUAUAAAGGGGAAAAAACAUGUAAUGCAUAAGGUUCUUCCAUUGCUGUAA